GAGCAGCGGUGACUGGGAGUUAUGGAUUAGCUCACAUUCUUCUCCUCGGAACGCUACACAACCUACGUGUGUCUGUGGUGUGAAGUUGUGUUUGUGUCGCUUUGGUUUUACGAGUCCAACAAGUUUUUAUUUUUGUCAGGUGAUGUGUUGAACCCAUGUCGGUCCUCGCCACUAGCGUUAGCCAGCAGAUUCUGAUGAGGGCAUCUCUACAGGCCAACUGUUCCUGACACUGCACUUGGAAGACGUGUGAGCUGCAGAUCCUCACCAUGUCCAAGAGCAAGAGUCCUGAGACAGUGAAGGUGGUGGUCCGAUGUCGCCCAAUGAAUGAAAAAGAACAGGCAAACAAAUUUGAAAGGGUCGUCUCUGUGGAUGUGAAACUGGGCCAGAUUAUUGUCAGGAACGCCAGAGAAGCUUCAGCAAGCGAAAGUCCCAAAGUCUUCACUUUUGAUUCAGUCUACGACUGGAACUCCAAACAAAUAGAUCUGUACGAUGAAUCCUUCAGGCCACUGGUGGAUUCAGUUCUUCUUGGCUUCAAUGGGACUAUCUUUGCCUAUGGGCAGACAGGCACAGGGAAGACGUACACAAUGGAGGGGGUGAGAAAUGAUCCAGAGAAGAGAGGGGUGAUCCCUAACUCCUUUGAGCACAUCUUCACACACAUCUCACGAUCCCAGAAUCAGCAGUACCUGGUGAGAGCUUCAUAUCUAGAAAUAUACCAAGAGGAGAUCAAAGACUUGCUAUCCAAGAACCAGGCCCAUCGCCUUGAGCUGAGGGAGAGGCCGGACACGGGCGUUUAUGUCAAAGACCUGUCGUCAUUUGUCACCAAGAGUGUGCGAGAGAUCGAGCAUGUGAUGAACGUGGGCAACCAGAAUCGUUCUGUGGGUUCUACAAACAUGAAUGAACACAGCUCCAGAUCUCACGCCAUUUUUGUCAUCACUGUGGAGUGCAGCGAGUUGGGCGUGGACGGUGAGAACCAUAUCAGAGUUGGAAAACUGAACUUAGUAGAUUUAGCCGGCAGCGAAAGGCAGUCCAAGACUGGUGCUAAGGGGGAGAGGCUUAAAGAAGCCACAAAGAUCAACCUGUCACUUUCUGCUCUGGGAAACGUCAUAUCAGCUCUGGUGGAUGGCAGGAGCAGCCACAUCCCCUACCGAGACUCCAAACUCACCCGCCUGCUGCAGGACUCCCUGGGGGGCAAUGCCUGCACCGUCAUGGUUGCCAACAUUGGGCCGGCAUCCUACAACAUGGAGGAGACCUUGACAACACUGCGCUACUCCAACAGGGCAAAGAACAUCAAGAAUAAACCACGCAUCAAUGAGGACCCCAAGGAUGCACUACUGAGGGAGUUUCAGGAAGAGAUCGCCAGGUUGAAAGAGCAGCUGCAGAGGCGCUCAGGGGGAAAAAAGAAGAGGAAGCAGAGGAGGAGAGCUGGGGAAGGGAGCGAUGGUGAGGAUCUGGAAGGAGAGACAGAGGAUGAUGAUGAAGAUGGAGAUGACAAAGGAGAUUGCUGGGUGGAGCAGCAGGAGAAGCUGGAGAGAGAGAGGAAGGCCAUCAUGGAGGAUCACAGUCUGGUGGCUGAGGAGAAAGUUCGGCUGCUCAAGAAGAAGGAGAAGAAAAUGGAAGACUUGAGGAGGGAGAGGGAGGCUGGAGAGAUGCUUACAGCUAAAGUUAAGGCAAUGGAGAGUAAGCUUCUGGUUGGGGGGAAGAACAUAGUGGAUCACACCAACGAGCAACAGAAAAUACUGCAGCAGAGGAGGCAUGAAAUUGCUGAACAGAAACGCAGCGAGCGAGAGAUGCAGCAGGAGAUGGAGAGUCAUGACGAGGAGACUCUGGAGCUGAAGGAGACCUACACUUCUUUGCAGCAGGAGGUCGACAUCAAAACCAAGAAGCUGAAAAAGCUGUUUGCCAAGCUGCAGGCAGUGAAGGCAGAAAUCCACGACACCCAGGAGGCACACAUCAGAGAGCGUCAGGAGCUGGAACAGACCCAGAAUGAGCUCACCAGGGACCUCAAACUCAAACAUCUGAUCAUUGAGAACUUCAUUCCCCUUGAGGAGAAGAGCAAAAUAGUCAGCAGAGCUUACAUUGAUGAAGAGGAUGAGCACUGGAAAAUGCAGCCUAUUACACGUAUAGAGGAUGAACAUCAGAUGAUGACCAGGCCUCUGUCUGCAGUGGGCUACAUGAGGCCUCUCUGUCAACACGCUCGUGUGGCCAUGAUGAUGAAGCCUGACACGAGAUACAAAGCUGAAAACAUCCAGAUACUGGACAUGGACCUUCCAACACGGACGACUAUAGACUAUCAGGAGCCGGAAAUCGCCCCAACGGUGGCAGCAGCUCUGAGGGACGCUCUCAGGGAUGAGGAUGAGAUCCAGGUAGAUGCCUUUGGCUUUUACAGCACUUUAGGACCAACCCCACCAGCCAGUGCCGUCUCCAGCCUCAAAAAAACAAAGUCUGGUCGACCCAGAACUGGUGGGAAGUCCAGCACCCCAACGUGUCCUUUCAGCCCCUCCAGUCCAGGAUCUCCUCUUUACCCACAAUGCCGCGGCCUGGUGCCCAAGUGACCGCUUCUGCCACUACUGUCACUACCACCACCUCUCUCGUGCACCUUUCCACUUGGGGUCUCAACUUUGAGAGAAUGGGUUUGGUUUUAGUCUCUUUUUCGUUUUACUACAGAAUCUGGGAUUCUGUAAACGUUACAAAAAACUUUAAUACUAAUGCUGCUUUGUAGGUUUUAACUCUAGCCACACCACUAUUAACUGUUGUCAUGAGCUUUUUCCUUUGGAGAUUUAAACCCACUCAUCCUGAGUGUGAGCCAAUACAACACCAGGACAGCAGCCAUGCCUGAAGCCUCACAUCACUCUACACUGCUCUAUGCUGCUAUGAAUGUCUUAAAUUUCACACUUAGUGUUCUUAAUGUAUAAGAAAAAAAUGAAGGGUGUGUUUGUGUUUGCUGAACAUUUGUAUGUCUGUGUGUCUUUCUGUCACACACUGAUUAUUGAACCUUCUGUUAAACUGCGUUGUCUUAUUCUGAUGAUUUUAAGGUGCAGGUGUGUGGCGUUUUGUGUCUUUAAAGAAGUAGUUCCACAUUUUGGGAAAUAUACUUUCUUGCCAGAUGAGAUAAUCAGCACCGCUCUCGUGUCUGAAGUCUGAAGUAAUCAGCUUGUCUUGGCUGCCUUCACUGGUUGCCUGGCAACCUCAUGGUGACAAUGAGGCUCCAGGAAGUCUUAAUGCUAGGUUAAGCUAAUCACCUACUGGCUGUGGCUUCAUACUCUGUACAGACACUAGAGGAGCAAGUGAGGGUAUUUCCUAAAACAUUGGACCGUUUCUUGAGCUGUGUUUGAUUGUAAAUGUUAAGGCCAGAAAGUCGAACACAUUACAGACUUGGCCUGUCACCAGUUGCUGUAAAGAGUAAAUGCUGUUCUUCCUGGGGAACAUCAGAUGGAGGCUGGAGCGCUGGGAGAGAGCUGCUCACGUUCACACAAACAUUCUGGGCUUAGCGACACUGCAGUAGGCCACCGGACAUCCCAGCAGGAGAUGAAUGCUUAGCACACCCUGAGUCACGGAACACUUUUCCAAUAAGGCUGUGGCUCAGGUUCAUCAGGGUUCCACGAUGCCUUAACCUGUGCCCUUCAGCUCUGCUCCUUCAUUUUAAGGCCGCGCACACAUACACACACGUUCUUCUCUGUCAGUGUUAUUUUGUCUGCUCAUUCAUUUUGACAUCAGGGAAAUAUUUACAGCACAGUGGAGACAUUACAGUCGCACUGUAGGUAAAAUAUGUGGAGAGGCAGAGCAUGUGGUUAAAGGCUGAGGGCCACAGGAAGAGAAGGUAGAAGAGAGAUGUCAUGUUCACCUCAUUAACUACUGUGUUGGUCUAACGGAACACAAAAAACUCAGACCCAAAAGUGUUGAUAUCUUCACAGUAUUGUGGUGGUGCCACGUCUUAACAAAUUAUUUAACUCGCAGACACACACACAAACUCAGCUGACGUCUCUGACCCACUACAGUGUAAAUGACGCCACCACAUCAACACUGAUCACCACAUAAUGACCGAUACUUUUCUUAAAUGCAUAAAAUCUGUCUUCAAAGCUGCUCGCAUUCAUUUAGUAAUUCAGCCCUUCCUGACACCACUCACUCUCUUUCUAUCUCGCGUGCUGACAUGCAGGUACAAAUAUCUAAACUCAGACUGGGUAAAAACAACAGAAUUUGUCAAUUUAAUGUAUGGAAACCUGGAGGUAAUGGUUGGGCGCACUUGUGUAGCUGGUUAAAACAUUUUUACAGUCCAAACCUUUAUGACAAGACCCAAAAUGAACACUGUAAGCGAACAACCUGAUCACUAUCACUGAAUAAUUUUAACUGCAUUUGAAUAGGAAUAAUUUUUCUACGUUAUAGUAGACACUGAAAUUAUAGUCUUUGUGUCGCAGGCUGUACCCAUCUGUCAGUAUUGAACGGGGGGCAUCAUGGCUGUCAGCCAUCGUCAAUGGAUGAUGGGAUAGUCCAUCAACUCAACCCUACUUCUGAGUUAACUUUUACUGCCCACUGUGACUUUUCAACAGGUCGGGAUCAAAUGGCAAAUUAAAUCCUCUCAAAUACUUGAUUUGUGUGGUGGAUUGUUUUAGAGGCGUCACUAUGAAGCUCAGUUAAAAGUUGAAAAAUACUGAAAAGUAAAGGCUCUCUCCUGCUGUUUGGCAAAACGCCUAAAUACAGAAAUAUGUUAUGUAGUUAGAUAUGUAACAGUGAAUAUAGACUGGUUGAAAGGCAAUCCUCAGUCAUUUUUGCAGCUGAAAAAAAAUCUUGUCUAACUUUUUUAUAUAUACAGAUGUAGAUAUAAUUUUUUAUUCAUUUUCUUGAAAAUAAAUUGUUUUAUUAUUUGAGCUUUACAAUUCAAUGUUUAUUUUUGUGUGAUACAUGUAUUAUUUCCUUUUUGUCUACAGUAAGGCGCAGGCUUUUUGGGUGUGUAUGUGUGUGUACAUGUUUAAACGUGUUGGUUGAUGAGUCUGCCACAGAUAAAAGCGUGAGUCACCUGUAGAUAUAUGUACUGAGUAUUACACUACUGAGUAUUUACACAUUGACUGAACAUUUAUCUUCAUAAACACAAACGUAAUCUUUCAAAUAAGACCUCAUUAUUGUAACUACCACUGCAGUGUUGUGUACCUUGCGCAUGAUUUUAGCAGGCUUGAGAAGAAUACAUAUGGUUGUGUAUUCAUCACUCACAGGAUUCUGAUUAGGAGAAUGUGAACAACCUAAUUUAACUGAAAACCUUUGUGUGUGUAUCCUGUCGCCACAUCACUGGAUCGAACUGCAUAUCUAACAUUUAAAUGACCAACUUUGAUGCUGAUGAUGCUUUUGUAGCCAAAUGACGGUUACUGGUGCACUUCUGUCUUUGUGUGUUCAAGUCUUUUUACAUGUUUAGUUUCUUUUAAUUAUUAAAGACAAUUCAAUGAUAA